CUGUCGCUGUUGCUGCUUGGCACUCGAACUUGCGCGCUUGGCGAGAAGGCGAACAAUGCGACCACGCCCACACUGAUGAGCUAUGCCAACUUUACGGAACUCUCCGAGGCGGUGCAUGCCUCACUGCUGGCGCAUGAGCAGCUGCAGCGGCAGCGCCAACUGUUGCACGGACGGGCCAAGCGGGCGGUGAAGCGCGUCUGCUACGGGGAGCUGGGCUGCUUUGAGGACUCCGGUCCGUUUGCCUAUUUAGAGAUGCUGCCCUCAUCACCCGAGGAGAUCAAUACCAAGUUCUAUUUUUACUCGACACGUCAACGCUCGGAUCGGCCGCUCAUGGAGCUGUCAUUUCUCAAUAUGACUGCGGCGUUUGCCAAGGCUAAGGCCAAGGCCAAGCGCGAAUCUGAGACGCCAACGCCGCCGGUCACAACCAGCGCGCCAGCGGGCACAGCUUCUGCGCCUGGCUUGAAUGUGACCACCGACAAACCGAAUGUCAUGGGCGGCAGUCCAAAGAAGCCGCCGCCGCCAUCUAUCGAUGAUCUGGAGGGCUUCGACGAACUUUCUGUGCGCGUGAUUGUGCACGGCUUUGGCUCCGCCUGUCCGCACGUAUGGAUCUAUGAGAUGAAAACAGCUUUGAUGGCAGUGGAGGAUUGCAUUGUCAUCUGCGUGGACUGGGAGAAUGGCGCUACCUUUCCCAAUUAUGUGCGCGCCGCGGCGAAUACGCGUCUGGUGGGAAAGCAGUUGGCCAUGUUGCUGCAGCAUCUGCAGCAGCACAAGGGUCUGAAUCUGAUGCGCACCCACGUGAUUGGCUUCAGCCUGGGGGCGCAUGUCUCUGGAUUUGCGGGCGCCGAGCUGCCUGGCUUGUCGCGCAUAACCGGCUUGGAUCCGGCUGGGCCGCUAUUCGAGGCGCAGCAUCCGAAGGUGCGGCUGGACAGCAGCGAUGCGGAAUUCGUGGAUGUCAUACACUCGAACGGCGAGAAUCUAAUAUUGGGCGGCCUGGGCUCCUGGCAGCCCAUGGGCCAUGUCGACUACUAUCCGAACGGCGGGCGCGUCCAGACGGGCUGCUCUAAUCUGUUUGUAGGCGCCGUUACGGACUUCAUCUGGUCUGCCCAGGCGGCGGAGGAUGAGGAGGGGCGUUCGCUGUGCAAUCAUCGGCGCGCCUAUAAGUUCUUUAUUGAUUCGGUGGCGCCGCGCUGCAUGUUUCCCGCCUUUCCGUGCGCCAACUACGAUGAUUUUCUCAAGGGCAAGUGCUUCCCCUGCGCCCAGGACGAUGAGGAUCUGGCCGAGGGUGUGCCACGCUGCGGCAACAUGGGCUACUAUGCGGAUAGAUCGACCGGCCGGGGUCAGCUCUAUCUGCUGACGCGCGAGGAGGAGCCCUUCUGUGCUCAUCAAUUCCAAUUACAAAUCUUCAACUCGUUCAACGAUCUGCCACUGCGCACCAUUGGCCGCCUCGAGGCCAUACUCGAGGGCGAUGGCGGCCUCAACGAGACCUUCGAAAUAUCCGAAAAGGACGAUGCGGAGUUCUUUGCCGGCGACAUUGUGUCCAAAAUUAUUGUGCCACAUCCAGCGCUGGGCUUUCCCACCACGCUUAGCCUGCACUAUAAGUCAUACAGCGGCUGGCUGUCGAAGGGCCUGCCCCACUGGGACAUUGAUAAGGUGGUGCUGACGGACAGCUUUGGACGCAGCCACUCGCUCUGCCGGCCCAGCACCAAGCUAAGCAGCGGCAGUCCCGUGCGCAUGCGUCUGCAGGCGGGCAACUGUGAGCUGGACAAUCAGGAUGACUAUGGCGCCUAUACUACUCAGCCGCCGGCUGGAUUACCGUCGAGCACGGACGCACCCGAGUCGGACUCCAGUGGGCAGGCGUCCGGUCUGAGCGCCAGCGUUGAUGGGGUCGAGAGUGUGAAACAGCGCAAGGAUAUAUUCAAUUUGGGCACCAGCUUUAAGCUUGCACAGAAUCAAACCUAUCCGCUGGACCAAACGGAUGAGCUGCCCUGGCAGCCCAUACUGGUUGGCAAUUCCCUCGACAAGGACAACACCGAAGCGGAGCCGGCCGAGUCCAGUCGCAGUCUGUCCGAUGCUUUGGCGCCCGGCGAACAGCCGAUCAACGAGAUAUUCGAGCCGGUGCUCAAGGAUCGACGGUUGGCUGUCAAUCGUGGACGCAAUCUACACGAUCCGGCCAACACGUCCGAGAUUGUGGAGCCGGUGCUCAAGGCGACCACACCGCGCGCCAAACAGGGCAAGGAUCUGCAGCUGGCCGAACCAGUGGAUGGCAAUGUCAACGCCAGCUCCACGGACACUCCCGCUCUGGCCACGCCGCCCAAAAUGAUGGCACAGCUCUCCAGCGGUGCAGAGGAGCCGCAAACGGUGCAGUUGCUGCCGUUCCGGCUGGGUGAGCUGCUGCAGCGCGCCGAGCGCUACGCAAGGGAAACUCUGCUGCCGCUCAUAUCUGUGCAGGCGCCGCGCUUCUUUGGCUUCAAUGUGACGCCACACGAUCGUGAACUGGCCCGACCCGGCGAAUCCCGUAAACCUCGCUACAUACCACGCUACGAGGAGGCAGCCUUUCUCAACAGCAACAGCAACAGCAACAGCAGCAGCAGCGGACAGCAGCGCCGCAGCUCGGAUUCGUUAGAGUCAACGGAUCAGGCGGCACGCCGCAAUCUCUUCCGUUUGCUGCGCUCGAAUGGGGCACGCGGUCGUGCCGCCCAGCAGCGGCGGGCGGCUCCGUUGUCCAUCCGGGAGCCAGACCAAAACGACUUCAACUAUUACACGAAUAUGCUGCACACGGAGUCGCGUUCGAUGCGACCCGAGGCACCCGAGUAUCGGCCCGUUUUCGUUGAGCUGCCCACAUAUCGGCCGCCUGUCGCCGGCCAGAUAAAGGCCACGGCAAAGGGUCAGCGGCGUGCACGCCUGCAGCGAAGUCCCUGAGGUUUCUGGGCGCUAGGGGUCGGGAGAUGGGACGCAGCUAUAAGUGAACACUAUGUGAUAUGAUAAACAGAGAGCAGCUCUGCUGCAGCGCACAGUGGGGCUGCUCAGCGUUUUCGUCGAGUAAAAAAAUGUCCUGGCCAGAACUCAAACGCAUUUUGGGGCCCCAGACUCGUCGUACCAAAAAGCUUCACCUUGCACUGUAAAUAAAAGUUAAAUGGAAUUUGAAUUGAAUUCGCACAACAUCGUUUCGCUGUUGACAAAGAGUUCUCUAUGCAUUAAGUUUAGGCGUUAAGUUUAUAAUGUGAACAAUUAAAUAAAUUAUUAGCAUGGUAAGCAUAACAUAAA